AGCCACUCAGUAUUUCAAGUCAGCCGCCAUUUUUUGUCCUAACCUCACCGGACACAUCAUGGUCAGCUUGGAAAAACGUUUGUCAGCCGCUGCUGAUGAUUCGAUCAAUCAGUUGGGCGGAAACUUCAAGGGCAGCUCCAUGCGAGUAGAGAAGCCCAAGUCAGCACCUGGAUGCUUCUCCGGGAUUUGUGGAGGUGCUCCGCCGAAGGAGCGCGAAGUGGAUGUGAUCCUUAUUGGCGCAGGUGUCAUGAGCGCGACCGUUGGGCUGAUGCUGAAGGAGUUGGAGCCCAGCUGGAAGAUGAUGAUGUUCGAGCGCUUAGGUGCUCCAGGCGAAGAGAGCUCCAACGGCUUUAACAAUGCAGGCACUGGGCAUGCAGGCUUCAUGGAGCCAAACUACACAAAGGAGGUUAAGAAUGCGGAUGGGAGUCUGAGGACAGUGACCACUGAUAAAGUGGAGCAUGUCUGUGAGCAGUUCUUAUCCAGCCGCCAAUAUUGGGAGUAUCUCACCAAGACAGGCAAGCUGCCCAAACCCGAUACUUGGAUCCAUCAAACAAACCAUAUUGCGCUGGGUGUUGGGAAGGACCAAGUGGAGUUCAUCAAGAAGCGCUACGAAGCGAUGAAGUCUCAUCCCCUCUUCACCUCCAUGGAAAUCUGCCUUCCGGAGGAAAAGGAAAAGGCUAAGCAAUGGGCACCUUUGAUUGUGAAAGGUCGCGACCCCAACGAGCCUAUUUGCAUGACCAAAGUCCCUCAUGGUACUGACGUGGACUACGGUGCUUUGACAAAGGCAAAGAUUACUGCCUUCCAAGAACUUGGAGGUGACUUGCGACUUCACACGGAGGUGACAGAUGUCAAGAAGAACAAAGACGGGAAGUGGGUCAUCACCACCAAAGUCAAUGGUGCGGGUUCAGGUUGGGCCUACAACAAGGCAAAGUUUGUGUUUGUCGGUGCUGGAGGUUGGGCCUUGCUGAUGCUGCAGAAGGCUGGAAUUCCAGAGGUCAACGGUUAUAUGGCCUUGCCUGUGACGGGCGACUGGGCGAUUUGCCAGAACCCUGAGGUGGUGCAUCAGCAUAGGGUGAAGGUCUACGCCCCUGGUGCACCUGGAGCUCCUCCUAUGUCUAUGCCGCAUUUGGACUACCGCACUAUUGGUGGCAAGGAGGUGUUGCUCUUUGGGCCAUUCGGCUCGAUGACCAUGAAGUUCUUGAGGUACGGUUCUGUGACUGAUGCCUUUAGGGCACUCAAGCCUCACAACCUCAUCCCAACUGCUGGAGCAUUGUCAAGAAAUCUCAGCUUGGCCGUGAUGCUCAUGAAGGAUGUGUUCAAGAGCGCCAUGGGAAAGCUCCAUGACAUCAGGCACUACUAUCCAGAGGCUGACCCAGAUGAUUGGGUGUUCAUCCCUGCAGGUGUUCGUGCUCAGAUUAUCAAGAAGGACCCAAAGACUGGCAAGGGCAUGCUGCAAUUCGGAACUGAGGUGGUGACUGGUGAAAAUGGCACAAUUUGUGGCCUGCUGGGCGCAUCUCCCGGCGCCUCCACUUGCGUCUCGAUUGCCUUGGCUGUGAUUGAGAAGUGCUUCGGAAAUUCCCCGGAGUUCAAGAAGUGGAGUCCCAAGCUUAAGGAGAUGAUUCCUAGCUGGUCUCCUGAUGUUGCAGCAGGAGACAUGAAGAAGGUCACGCCAGACAUUGUGGACAACAUCUACAAGACAACCGGCUCAGCGCUUCAAAUCUCUCCUAAGUGAGAGUGCAGGCACAAGGCUUGUGAACAAGUGAGUGGCAUUGAUUAAUAACCGCCAAACGUGAGUGAAGAUGUUUCUUGUGGCCCGGGUUGCGUGCAAACCGAUACGGUUGCACGGUUGCACGUGUAUCAUAUGGUCUGCUUCUGGCCUUGACACCUGUCACCUGUGCAUAGACUUGAACGCACAGUAGAUAUGCUUCUGAGCCACCCUGACAACCUGCAGUUGUACACUGAGAAUAGGGAUGGACAUCCAUCUCACACCAACGGGUAGAUCCAGUUGUUUGCCAGAUGUCCUUGCCACAUGAGAGACUUUGGUUCGAAC